AAGAGCAGCCCCCCCCCCCACCCACCAACUGGUAUUUAAAAACGCUUUGUGCUCUCCGCCUCCUCAUCUUCAGAGAUCAACAGCACAGAAAACCCUUUGGGUGCUCCCUUCUGAAGCUCCUGUGAACCAGUCAACAUGGCAAUCAGGAAAGGAGAGAGGGAAUCAAUGAGAGACGGGAGAGAAGGCUCUGUGGGAGCUAGUGCUACAGAACUUGGAGCAGGAGGCUCGACCAGAGAAGGCUCCCCGUCAGACAACAUUUCUAACACUGGCACAGCAUUUCUGUAUUAGCAGUCGGCUCCUUGUCCGGCGACAACCGGCGGCAUCUCAUGACGCAUGACGCAUCUGGUGCAUCUACGCUGGGCAUAUUUGUUGUCAUGCAUCAUGACAUAAGAUGCCGGCUGAGUACCGGCAUCUUACUGAGUAUCGACACCUUGCCGGUACUCAGUAAGAAGUGCCGGUACCACAUGGGUAAAAAUCAGAAGUGCCGGUACUGCGUACCGGAACACCUCAUCCAGAUGUAAAAUCAAUGACACAGUUGAUAUCCAGCCAGUUUCUCCAGCUGUCAAUCAGCUAGAUAUGAAAGAAGGGAAAAUUGGCUCAAUAACAAGACUGACUCUCGGUGAAAAAGAUCCAACAAAGAAGAACAAAACCAUCUUGCUUGUUGGUGAAACAGUCGCAGGAAAAUCCACUCUGAUCAACGCUCUGGUUAACUACGCCAUGGAAGUGAAGUAUGAGGACAAUGUCUGGAAUCAGAUUAUAACAGACGAGAACACAUGUCAAACAGAAAGUCAGACGUCAGACGUGAUCGUGUACGAGGUCUUUGGUCUUGAAGACAGAACUCUGCCCUUCUCUCUGACCAUCAUCGAUACCCCCGGGUUUGGAGAUACCAGAGGGAUUGAGAGAGAUGUCCUUGUCAGAGAAAGAUUGUUGGACUUGUUCCGCUCAACAGAUGGAGUUCAUGAGAUCGAUGCAGUGUGUCUGGUGCUAAAAGCGACUGACAAUCGACUGAGUGACCGACUGAUGUACGUCUUUGAUUCAGUGGUGUCUCUGUUUGGAAAAGACAUAGAGAAGAACAUCGUUGCCCUCAUCACAUAUUCAGAUUUUGUGUCAGCUGAAAAUGUUCUACAAUCUCUGAAAGAUGCGAAAAUGUGCAUUGCGAAAGAUGAGCUGGAUCAGCCUGUUCAUUUCAUGUUUAAUAACAUCCAGAAAACAGAGAGAAAUAAGAGAAAUGAGCAUGCUCUAAAGUAUGCAUGGGAAUCAACAGACGAAGAAAUUGGUCGAUUCGCAGAUUUCCUGAAAAAUACCAAACCACAGAACCUGAAAGAAACAGUUGAAGUUUUGAAUUCACGCAUCAGACUGACAGCCUGCAUCGAAAACCUGCAGGAGAGAGUUCAGUUCAUUGAACUGAAACAGAGAGAGAUCAAACAGACUCAGGAAGCUCUGAAGAAACACGAACAAGACAUGAAGAAUAACGAGGACUUCACAAUAGAAGUUGAUGAAGUCUAUAAAGGUAAAGAACCUGUCGAUGAGAAACGAUGGUGGGCGAUGUGGUUCAACUAUGGAGGAGCUACCUGCUGUAAAGACUGUAAGGAGAACUGUCACUAUCCAUGCACACUGGCCCUGGAUCCAAGUAACUGUGAGGUCAUGCAAAAUAAAUGCACAAUAUGCCAGACAAAGUGUGAAAUAUCAGACCAUAAGAAGGAGCUCUACUGCACAGCAUGUACUGGGAAGUGUCAUGUAUCCAAACAUGUGAAAGAAAAACAAUGCACUGUAUGUGAGGAUGAGUGCAGUGAUCCAGAUCAUCUGAAAACACACUGGAAAUAUAUGAACAAGACCAGGAGAGUUAAGAAGGACAUACAACAGAUGAAAGACAUGUAUGAGAAGGGUAAAAAAGACAGUGAGAAGUCAGGGAGUCUCUUGGAAACUCUCCAGGAGAACAUGACAGAGCUCCAGAAGGAUAAAGAUCAGUUUCUGGAAGAGUGUUUCCAACAUGUUGUCAAACUGGAGGAGAUCGCCCUGAAGGGUGUUUCACUGGAGAUUCAGGUCCACCUGGACUUCCUGAUUGAGAAGAUGAAGGAGAAGGGAGACACAGAGAAGGUCAUGAAACUGGUAAUUAUGAAAAGUCAAAUGGAGGAAAAUCCAAGAAGAAAAUCAGUGCUGAGCUACAUGUCUGGUAUUGGUGAAGCCGCUAUGGUUCUCUUCAGAGGGUUAAGGUUAGACAGAGAUCAGAAAUUAUUACCUUUGGAAUCAGAAAAUGAUGCCUUUGAAUCUUUAGGUGACAGUUCUGCAGAAAGACUUUGCAGCUCUUGAGGCUUUUUACUGAUAUUUAAACUAUGUUUGGUGUAAAAGACGAUGUGUAAUCAUUUGUUCUGAUGUUAUUGUGUAUUCUCCACAUAUGAGGAUGUUUAACCUGCAGCUCAGUCUCUUCCAAAUCACACUCAUCACAUGUACUGCAUAUAAAAGAGACGCAGCUUUCUGCUGGGAAGUAGAACAAAGAAAAGCCUCCAUUUUAGUUUGUUUAUGAGUUGCAUUUCAGCAGUUUGCAUUUAUUACUUUUUACAUGUUCAUCAGUAGUUGCUUUAUUUUGAGACUUGAUUGUUGUCAGUUGAGUUCAUCUUUUUUCUUCAUCAUUUGAUCAUGUUUGCAUAACAUGCUGAUGUUUGUGGUGUUUCUUUAACCAUGUAUGAUGAUGAUCACACCUUGAAUGUGUUGGAUAUGAAACAGGUGUCAGUGACGACAGAUUUGAAAGAAAAGUCUCCUGUUUUUAAGAUUUGCAUUCAGUUACUUUGCAUUUUUACCUUUUUAGAUAUUAAGCAUUUAUGGUUUUAUUUAGAGACUUGAGUUUCAGCAGUUUAGUUCAGAUUGUUUUUCUUUAUCAUGUAAUCAUUGUUAUCAUGUGUAAUCAUUUGUAACCAUAUAUCAUGUGAAUAAAUAAAAACAAGUAGACUGAUGUGGUCUACUGAAAGACA